CUAGAAAGACGACUUCACUGUACCAAGUUAAACAACUGAAAUACAAAUAGUUAUAAAAAUGAAGGUGGCAGUUACUUUCGUUGUUGUAUCAUGCUGUGUUCUUGGAUUAUUUUGUGGUCAGUCAGAGGCAUUGAAGUGCUAUGAGUGUACGACCACGGCAAGCAUUGAUUGCGGUGACCCGUUCAAGAAUGCCACCAUAGUGGACAAUUGUAACGUAUGUGCAAAAGGCAAGGGUCACUUGGGUUCUGUUAAAGGCAUAUCCCGUGGUUGUUAUGGCCCCGAAGAUGGAUUUUCCGAAGGAUGCCGUUCCGAGAGUGAUGAAAAAGACAGUGGUGAAAUGUGCUAUUGUAAAAGUGACCUUUGCAACGCCUCAACACGCGUAGCAAUGGCAACCACUCUACUCGUUCUCCUUCCGGCACUUCUUCUAGGCUUCAAAACUGUAUAAUUGUUUGUAAAAUAUGAUAAGUAGGGCGUAGCAAUACUACAUUUCCUAAGAGUAAUUAUACCCCCACAAACUAAGUUUGAGGGGUAUAUAGGAGUGAGCUUGUCGGUCGG